CCCUACUGCCAAACAACCCCCAACAUAUUUUCCUACUGUUUGAUUUCAUUACCAUUAUUAUAGGAGAUUUUGAUCUUCAUUCAUGUCACCACUACUCCGAGCCCGCCAUUACCUUUCCCCCAAAUUCAAACAACUAAUUUCCCUCUCUAAUCCAACUUUAAAAUUCAAUUUCUCAACAAUUAACAAUGUCGGGGAAGAUACAAUUCCAGCAAACCCUCCUCCAAUACGGGUCGGAACCACCGAAUCAGCAGGUCGAGGAGUUUUUGCAACUCGAAGAAUUGAAUCUGCUGAGCUUAUUCAUACUGCAAAACCCGUGAUUUCUCACCCUCUUUUAUCGAAAAUCGACAGUGUUUGUUACCUAUGUCUUAGGAGAUUAAACCCUAAUGAUUCUCAUAUUAGGGUUGAACCCUUUUGUUCUCAAGAAUGCCAACAACAAGCUAAGGCAUUUUAUGAGUUAGAGAAGAAAGCAGAUUGGUCCACUUACCACAAUUACUGCAGAACUCUAGGUUUGAAAUAUCCACUUUUGGUAAAGCGCUUGGCUUGCAUGGUGAUAGCUGGAGCAGCAUCUACAGACUGUAUUAGCAUACUUCAACCUGCUCAUAUACUUCCUGAGAUAGAAGUGGAAUAUACCAUGCUGAGAGAUGCACUUGAAGAAAUGAAUAUGGUGAAAAAAAGCUUAGAAUUUUUAUCAGAGCAAUGGUAUGCUGAUGUGUUGGCUCGAAUACGUAUUAAUGCAUUUCGUAUUGAAAUGGUUGCUGGGUCAUAUGAUGAUAUUCAUACAAUGGCAGCAGCAUCAGUAGAAGCUGAAGCUGGAGUCGGAAAUGCUGUUUAUAUUCUUCCUUCAUUCUACAAUCAUGAUUGUGAUCCAAAUGUGCAUAUUAUAUGGAUGGACAAUGUUCAUGCAAGGCUGAAAUCACUCCGGGACAUAGAAGAAGGUGAAGAGCUUCGGAUAUGUUAUAUCGAUGCGAGUAUGGAUCAUGAUGCCCGGCAAAAUGUCCUAUUAGGAGGCUUUGGUUUCAAGUGCUCUUGUCAUCGCUGCUUGUCCGGUGAUUAAUGUUAUAGUAUUAUAUGUAUUCGGGUAAUUCCAAUAUUUCCUCAACAACUUGAUUUUUUUUUCUUUCCAUGCCACAUUUAUUCUAGUCCUGAGGAUCAAGGAAGUAAAUAGCUAGAUGUUCUAAGUUGUAAGUUUUUUUUCCUCAUCGUGAAGAGUGAAGACUCAUACCGAAGAUUAAGUUUUGCCGUUGAAGAUGCACUUCUGAAGUGCCUUCGAGUCGUUCAUUCAUGUAUGUCGCUCUUAUCUUAAUUGUUACUUUUGCCGUCCGUUUGGUAAUUACUAACAAGGCAUAAAUAAAAUGUUCGGCAUAAAUUUUCAUGAAAA